AUGCCUGGUGUACGUCGAGUCCCUCUUAUCCACGUGGCCUUUGAGUUGCAGGGAAUGCGCAAAUGGAACUUCCUUCUCGAUUAUCAAAAAAAAGAAGGUUAUAAAUACGUCUGUAGACUUCUCUUAGGGGUUGGUCACUAUUGUUUGUAUAAACUUAAUAAGAUACCGGAGUCCCUGUGGGUGUCAGCUGUUCUGCAGACCAUCCGGAUGGUAGUAUUCAUGUAUGAUAUCCUCUCAUUCCCGGUACACCUGGUGCUGCAGAGACCAUGGAGAAAACGGUCCAUGUCGCGACGUAUUAAGGCACAAAUCAUAGAUUCCACUCCAAACAGCGUAACAGUCCGAUCUGUGUCAACGCCUUGCAAUCUUCACUUGCGUCUGGUGCGUGACAAUGUCACCACCAUGGAGGCCAUGUUGCAUGCUGCGGCCGCCAGAUGGCAGGACAGACCUUGUCUAGGAACUAGGACAGUUUUAAGUGAAGAGGAUGAACCGCAACCAAAUGGACGAGUGUUUAAGAAGUACAACAUGGGCAACUAUGAAUGGCGGUCGUACAGUGAUAUGGAGAACGAGGCGACUUGGUUCGCAGCUGGUCUUCGUGAGUUAGGAUGCCAGCCCAAGAAGAACAUCGUCAUGUUUGCUGAGACCAGGGCUGAGUGGAUGAUCGCUGCCCAUGGAUGCUUCAAGCAGAGUAUUCCUGUGGUCACAAUCUACGCAACUCUAGGCGAUGAUGCUAUAGCCCACGGAAUCAAUGAAACAGACGUUUCUACCGUCAUCACAACACACGACCUUCUACCCAAGUUCAAGAAGAUCCUUGCAAAGACUCCGAAGGUGGACACCAUAAUUUUUAUGGAAGACCAGCUCAAAAAAACGGAGAGAGAUGGAUUCAAGCCUGGAAUUAAGAUUGUCGCUUACAAGGAGGUUAUACAGAAGGGAAAGCAGUCGAAAAUUGAAUGUAUCCCACCAGCUCCGUCCGAUACAGCGAUCAUAAUGUACACAUCUGGUUCAACUGGGGUCCCAAAGGGCGUGGUGCUGUCCCACAGGAAUAUGAUAGCGACGUUGAAGGCUUUCGCGGAUGGGGUGCCGAUGUAUGAUGAUGAUAUGCUCAUGGGAUUCCUGCCUCUGGCCCACGUGUUUGAGUUGCUGGCUGAGAGUUUAUGCGUUAUUGGUGGUGUACCUAUUGGCUACUCAACGCCGCUAACAAUGUUGGACUCUUCGAGUAAGAUAAUGAAGGGAACGAAGGGAGACGCCACAAUUUUACAACCCACCUGUAUCACCACUGUACCCCUAAUAAUGGACCGUAUCAGCAAAGGAAUAACGGACAAAGUGUCUCGUAGCGGUGAAUUCGCGAACGCGUUCUUUAAGUGGGCGUAUUCGUACAAACAGUCGUGGAUGAAGCGCGGCUAUGACACACCUUUGCUUAAUCGAGUGGUAUUCAAAAAAGUCAGCCAAUUGCUCGGCGGACGUGUACGUCUAAUGAUAGCGGGCGGGGCCCCUCUAGCGCCGGACACUCACACGCAGGUCCGGCUCUGUCUUUGCUGUGACGUUAUUGCGGGAUAUGGUUUGACAGAGACCACAUCCUGCGCCACCAUCAUGGAUCUGCAGGACAGGUCAACGGGUCGCGUCGGUGCACCCACAACUGGAACAGACAUAAAACUCGUCAACUGGGAGGAGGGCAACUACAGAGUCGGGAAUAAACCUUUCGUACAGGGUGAGAUAGUAAUCGGUGGAGACAGCGUGGCAGAGGGUUAUUACAAGAAUCCCGAGAAGAGUCGAGAGGAGUUUGUGGAUGUAGACGGGAAAAGGUGGUUCCGCUCUGGAGAUAUUGGGGAAUUGCAUCACGACGGCUGUAUUAAGAUUAUUGAUUUAGUGAAGCUCCAAGCCGGUGAAUACGUGUCUCUGGGCAAAGUUGAAGCGGAACUGAAAACGUGUCCAAUCGUCGAGAACAUCUGUGUCUACGGAGACAGCUCGAAGACCUACACCGUGGCCCUCCUGGUACCGAACCCGAGGCACUUGGCGGAACUGGCCACGAGGAUCGGCCUCCCGGAGAUGGAGUUUGAGCAGCUGUGUCAGAAUGCGGAGGUUGAGAAGGCCGUGGUCAAAGAGCUGGCGGAUCAUGCGAGGAAAUGCGGACUUGAAAGAUUUGAAGUACCUGCAGCGGUGAAACUUUGCACAGAAGUGUGGUCACCAGACAUGGGUCUAGUUACCGCUGCCUUCAAAAUCAAGAGGAAAGACAUCCAAGAACGAUACAAGGAAGAUAUUAAACGAAUGUACGCGUCAUGA